GGCCGUGCGCAGGCAGCCAAUAGGGAGCGGUGUUGUUCGGGGGACGGUGCUGUCAGGACGGGCGGAGGGCAAUGGCGGCGCUAGGCUGCUUUUGGCCCCGGGCUGUUGGCGGCAGAUUUUUACUAUUGAAGCAAGCAGCAGGCUGCUUUUUCCAGCUCCGACCAGCCUCAGUACUCUCAAGUCCCCUGGAGCUCCCUCUCAGAAGCUGCCUCCCCUUGAAGCCCACAGGCCUCGGCCCCAGCCCCGUGUCCUCCUGGAACCACCAGCAGAUCCGCACCAAAGCGCGUGGUAACGAGUACCAGCCCAACAACCGCAAGCGCAAACGAACCCACGGCUGGAUCAAGCGCAUCAGCACCCCGGGUGGCAUCGAGGUCAUCCUGCGGCGCAUGCUGAAGGGCAGGAAGUCUCUGACCCACUGACAGCCCUUCUGGCCAGGUCGACGUGGUGUGGGGCAAGCCUGAAUCAAGCCCUUGGGCUCUGUUAGUGGCUCGUGCCGAGCAAGGCUGUGCAGAGUUGCAAUGACCGCGUGUCCCUCCUGGGUCAGAAGCAUGUGAAGCAUUGCGCUGGCUUGAGCAUGGUCUCUCGAGGGCUUUGUUUAAUGGCUCUUCUUAAACUGUAAAAUUAUUGUUUGGUUCAAAAAUAAACUUAGGAAAACACGAGGUGUAAAUAAAGCCCAGUGACUCGCCUUGAA